AGCAGAUGAGGAGGAGGAGGAGGAGAGUGAUGCAGACAAUACAGGGAGGAGAGAGCUAGGUGCAGAAGGACAUGAAUGGAUGGAUGGCGGACCCAGGAGAAGACAGCACGGUGACUCCGGUUCUCUCCAUCAGUGUCCACUGACACCAUGAGAAGCUGCAGGGAUGCGGAACAGCAGAGGCUGCAGAAGUUCCUCUCCGACCUGGCUCUGCUGGGGUCAUUACAGGGUUUCCGAUACUUCCAGCCCUGGCUGAGGGGGAGAGAGGAGAUUCUGCUGACUGUGGUGAACGAUGACCUGAGCUGCCCACCGGUGCCCUCUUCAGGGUCUCUCAGCAGUGACACCAGCUGUAACCUAUCUACCUAUGGCAGUGACCCGUCCACACCUCGAUCCUCCGCUCUGCUACCUCCCGCCUCUCCUUGUGACAGAGAAAUUGCUAUUCCGGAAACGCACUGCACUCUUUUCUUGCUGGCCGCAUACGCCAAGUACGGCCGCCCAUACGUCUGGGUGAGGUCCAACCAUCAGCGUUUUACUGGCGCAGAACUCUACGACAAAGACUCGCCGCUGGCCCUGCCGUCUUACUCUGAGUGGGACACUAAAGAUGUUGGCGUGUGGCACAUUGUGUGGGACAUAGUCUCCAUCUGUGUCUCUCCACCUCCACGCAACCCUCUCGCUGUGGACUUUGCCUACUUGAGGUCUCUCCCGCUGUCAGAGAGGUCCCUCUCAUCGGGGGCUUUGGUCAGUUUCUUCCACGGUCUCCUGCUCCGAGAAGCCAGAGGGACGCCGUUGUACACCUAUGUCUGGGAGGAGCUGUCGGACCUCACACGUCUCCACGCUCAGACCCUGCAGGAUUUAAAAGACCAAAACCUCAUCAACAGCCUGUUUUGAGAUCCACCCCAAAGAUCUCCAGGAAUCAGAACGCUCCAGUCCACGAGCCACAUUGCAUCUUCUUGAACAGGCGUGGAUCCACAAAGGGACCCUGAAUCAAACAGAGUUCCAGCCCAGAAGACCUCUGCUGAACAUCGUACAAAUGGAGCAAUUCAAUUAGGAGUCAUGUACGGGUGAUGCUGUCAAUGUGUCAUUGCAACGGCGAUUGGACACCGGCCGCAGUAAUCCACAUGGCCCUUGCAUUGUGUACUGUACUCGCAGUCCCAGAAACGUGACUCCCCCCCCCCCCCCAAAAAAAAAAAAAAAGAUUCCGGGAAGUCUCCUUUCUAUAACAGCAGUGAGACAAUUCCUAUCUAUGGCGGGGGUGGUUAGGAUUUAUAGUAGCCUGGAAACCCUUCCCCCCCCCCCCCCCCCCAAUGGUUCUGCAAUGAGCCUCUGCCGGUUUGUGAAAUCCUCAUAAGGCCAAUAAAUAUUCACCCUCCAAAAAAAAAAACUGUCACAAAAAACCCACCAAUAAAUGUUGCAAUACCAA